AUGCACUUUUCCCAUCUUGUCGUCCUUUGCCUGGCCGGGCUGGCAACACUUGCACCGAGCGUGCAUGCCGAUAACAAACUAAAGAUAGGCGUCAAGAAACGCGUCGAAAAUUGUACCGUGCGGACCAAGAAGGGUGAUCUGGUGCACAUGCACUACACGGGAACUCUUGAAGAUGGAACGGAAUUCGAUAGCAGCAUUCCGCGUGGCAAUCCGCUUACCUUUACCCUUGGCAUGGGCCAAGUAAUUAAGGGAUGGGACCAAGGAUUGCUUGGUAUGUGCGAAGGUGAGAAAAGGAAGCUGGUCAUCCCGCCGGAGCUAGGUUAUGGAGAGCGUGGUGCCGGCGAAAAGAUUCCACCUAACUCGGUGCUCAUCUUUGAGGUAGAGCUUAUGAAAAUCGAACGAAAAACAGAAUUGUAAUUGCGGUGGGGAAGAG